AUGAUAACGACCCCCAUCGCCUUGGUCCAGUACAGCCAGCGACCUCCCACCAUAAGAGGGUCGAAGCGAAAGGCUGAGCAGAUGAACGUCGCUACCAAUGGUGAACCGACAGCCAAGUGUCCAUACCUCGGCAAGUGCCAGUACAAGACCGGCAAGUGCUUUAACGAACGCACCCUCAAGCGCAAUGGUGACGCACACUCCCUGUGUGAGGAGCACCGUAUCAAGCAGAACUUGAAUCAACGUCGGAGUGACCGCAAGUAUCAGAAGGUGCACGCAAUUCGCUGCCGGCAUCGCCGUGCUUUGCUGAAGAAGCAGGUUUCGAUGAUUAUGGCCCAGCAGCUCUUCCUAGGACAGCAGCAGCAGAAGACUUUUGUCACCCCGCUGUCGCAGUGCAAUGCGUCGCACAUGAUCUCUACCAACUCCAACUGUGACCCGGUCACUGCUUCAGCAUCAACACCAGCCAAUGUUGCACGCCGUUUCCAGGUGCUGCAGCCUUCGUCAGCUUUCGUGCUGGACAGCCAGAACAACAUCGGAUCGUCUCUGGUAUUGUCAUUCAGUAACGCGGAAGCCACCGAACUGUCGCCAAUUACAAGCGUCAACGACGAAUUCACCCCCAGCGGUAUCGACAACUUCACCCCUUAUUUGUUCCAGAGGGCCCCGGACGUCCAGUCCCUAGCGGUGCAGCAGUUCGUUGAGAGUGAUGAAAGCAGCAGUGUUGGCGACAACUUGGGCUACGUACCGAUCGGCUCAAGCUUAGGUGACAAGCAUCCAUGUACAUGGAGUAACGACGAUAUUGAGCUCCUGCAGACCAUUCUGCUGGCCUGA